CUUUCUUCCCGAUAGCCUCAGGGAGGGGGAGAACAGCCAGGCCCGACGGCUGACGCCGGUGACCCGUCCAUCGACCUCAGCUGGGAGAGGAGGGGCCGCCAGGGGUGCCCGAAGCUUCCGUCACAGCCUUCACCUCUAGGGGUCUCACGCCCAGCCCUUCCCCUCUGUUUUUCUCCUGCGGGCGCCGUCGCGCUCCUGCCAGUGACCUCUGUGGGUGGGGAGGAAGCAACGUGAAUACUCGCUGGCUGGGCAGGCGGCGGCGAUUCCCAGCAGCCAGAGCCGACGGCGGGGCCAGUGGCCAUGGGCGGCCAGUGGCUGAGCUGCCUCCUACUAGGCUGCUGCUUGGCUUGGCGCUGGGGCAGCGCGCAGAGGCCGGGUGCCGUGGGACUGGGCAGCGGCGGCGAGUACUGCCACGGCUGGGUGGACGCGCACGGCAGGUACUACGAGGGCUUCCCUUGCCCGGAGCGCUUCGACACGCCCGACGCCACAAUCUGCUGCGGCUCGUGCGCCCUGCGCUAUUGUUGCGCCACCACGGAGGCGCGCCUGGAGCAAGGCGGUUGCACCAACGACCGCGAGCUGGAACAACCGUCUGGGAGCGCCCAACCAAUCUACGUACCAUUUCUUAUCGUUGGAUCAAUAUUUCUUGCCUUCAUUUUUGUGGGCUCCUUCGUCGCUGUUUAUUGUUGUACGUGUUUAAGGCCUAAGCAAACAUUGCCACAGCCAAUAAGAUUUUCUCUUCGAAGCUACCAGAUGGAGACUUUGCCAAUGAUCCUGACCUCAACUAGCUUAAGGACUCCAUCAAGACAACCCAGUACUGCAACCAGCUCCAGUUGUACUGCUGGCUCUAUCCACAGGUUUUCAUUUGCCAAGCAUAUGGGUGUAUAGUGUAUAGUGGCAUCUUCACCCCCACCUUACACCCCGGGCUGCUUACAAAUGGGCCACUCUAUAAGCCUCUCACAGCCAUCUGGACUUUUGAUGUCAGGACCAUAUUUCUCCUAUCCUCUUGACUCUGAAUCGUCUCUGACUGAGAAGAGUAUUCCAGAUCUUAGCCAGAGCUAAAAGGGGUUUUCAAAACAAUAUGCUCACAGAGAAGCACCAUUAACUCCUGCUUUAUGUGGUUUUCAUUGAUGUGUUCUCUGGUUAUGGGAUUGGAAAUCAUGUGAAUGGGUGAGUUACCCUUUUGAAAAGCACAAAUUAUUGCAACUUUUAAAAAUAUAAACAUUGGUCUAAAAUGUCAUUGGAAUGAAUGCAGAUUCCAAAUUGAUACAAACUUAGAGCAUUAUUGCUUUCAAUAAGAGUCACCAAACCACUGUGGAUUUAUGUUGACUAAAAUCUCAUCUUCAGUAUGUGUGUAAAGUUACACAUCUAAUGUGAGCAGAGCUCUUGCAGAUACAAAUAGAAUGAGGCACCGAGCAGCCAAAUUGAAGAGUUUAUUUAGGUGACAGGUAACGUUGCUGAUGAUUUCUAUGGGAACUUGAGACAUAUGUCAGUUUCAGACAAUGGGGCAUCUUUGGCUGGAUUAUGCCCUAUGUUUUAUUAUUGAUUAACCCAUUUGUUUGUUUUUAAAACAGAGACUUGUAUAAAUCAUUUUCACCAGAAUUAGUAUUACUUUUUAUAAAGGGAAUAGUGUUAUUAAUAGACUGCAUCACUAAAAGCUCUAAAAUGAGAGAAGAUUAAUGGUUAUAAGAACCAGAAGUUUUUAAAAAAGAUUUGUGAAAUAAAGACACUAACCAACCAACCCUAAAACUUGCUGUGCCAGGAAAAAGCUGUUUUGAAUGUGUGGCAGCACAGACAGCUGUGCCAGCACAAUAUAUGAGAUGUGACAAGAUUGUUAGGGUUUUUUUUGUUUAAAAAACCCCCCCUAAUAAUCAAGUUUUAAGUAAAAAUAUGGAAGUUUUCUCACAGUCAAGAGCAUAAAAUGUAAUAAAACUUAAAAACUAUACAGUAAUUUUACAGGUUUUCUGCGUAAAACAUUAAAAUGCUGAAGUAGACUUGUGUAUUUUUUUCUCAAGUAUGUAUUUAUAGCGUCCUGUACCUUGGAAAACACAAGCUGGAUAAAUCAAGUUUUAUUUUGUAAAAUGCGUACUAUAUAAAAUAAUGUUUAAGAGCUGUAAUUUAAAAUGUGUUCACAGCAUUAAUGGUAUUUAGUAGUCUCGGGUUUUCUUCCAAUAAAACACUCAG